AUAUAAAAGAAAGUCCAAUAGAAUACCUGAUCUCAGACUUCUUUCAUUGGAAAAUAUAGUCCUCAGCAUCAAAAAAGAAAGAUAAUUGAAGAAGAGAUUAAAGAUUUCAACAAGAUGGUUAGGGAAGGUUGCAGCCUCGAUGGGAGCAUGAAUGAAGCAAAGUUCGGCGAGCCGUUGCCAUUUAUUGGUAUCUAUGUAGCAGCAGCUUCUUUGGCAUGCGCAGUUGCUAUGACUUUGGAUGCCAUCCGGGGUUUUCACUAUCGAAAAUUUUGGUUUCCCUGCAAAUAUUUCGCUCUUAAUGCUACUUCCCUCGCCAUAAUAGCUGUAGCAAUCAAAUUUUCAGUGGAUCUAAAUACCGCUAUGCCUCGCAAACAGGACCAGCUUGCCAAGCUUAGUAGCGCGGUUCUGAUAUGUACAACAAUGGGUAAUACUAUGCCUUCUCUUGGCACCAUGGAGAACAAAGAACUGUUCAUGAACAUUAUGGCUUUGGGGAUACUUGUUAUUACCGUGGUUGUUAACAUCUGCAUCCAACUAGGUACUGGCGUGAUCUUUAUUUUCUGGAAAGAACAUGCCUUUAUCUUGUUUCUCAUGCUUGUUAUGCUUGUGAUCCUUAGUUUUUCGGCUUUAACUGUGCCGGUAACUAAGAGAUAUUUGGAGAUUAAGUACAACAAAAAGUACCAGUUAGCUCUCAAAGAAGGCUCAAAUGAAGCUGAUAUUCCAUUGUUUCAGAAACUGAAAGAAGAUCUAAUGAAACAUUGGAUGAUGGCUCAUACCAGCUGCCCCCAGUUUGUGAUGGGGCGUUCGGUUACGUGCACCGCCUCCGGUGCGUUGUGCCUGCUGGGCGCCAUGACUUUAGCACAAGCCAUGCUUCGAUCUUAUUUGAUGCCCUGGUCAUUCCACUUCUGUAAUGGGAAGUCUGACUAUGAGUGGUCAACCACUUUUGUUCUUGUUACUCAGACCUUUACUGUUGGAGUUGGAACUAUUGCCCCUGCAUGUAGAUGGUUCACUGCCAUAAAUUACAGGUGCCCGACUAGAGGGAAGAUUAUCCGCGCAAGGAAGGUCUUCAAUGUAGAGAAGUAUUGGAUCGAGAAACUGAUUGAGCUGAAGGACUGCCCAUUAAUUUUUCGAAUCCAAAAUCGGCAAUGCAGGAAACUUGUCCAUGUUGCCAAAAAUCAAUUUCUUAACACGUGCAUUGGCAUGCAAACAGGGAUUGUGCUAGGAAGCAAAGCAAUUCAACUAAUUUCCAUUUACUUUGUAGGCCACAUUCUGUUAAUCUGUGAUCGCUGUGGAGAGUUGAAGAAGAAAUUCAAACCCAAAAACAGCAUUUCAAACGACUCAAUAUCGGAGUCACAGUCCAGCUCAAAGCCGGACCUCAGCCGUUUUGUUUUGCAUCUUGAAGGUGAGAAUGAACUAGUUCACCUCAUAAUGAAGGACAAUUGUGAUGCUACUGAUCACUGGAUGCGGAUGGGCAAAAGGAAGCAGCCAAAACAUCUGAUUAAAUUGUUGAAACAAUCAACAUGCUCAAAAGGAUUCAAGGGAGUGCAAGACUUUGACAGUUACCUAGUUCCCCAUCUAGACUUUGAGGAACCUCCAAAUUCUUGGGCUCUUCCAGUAGUGACUCUAGCCAGCAUUGCAGUCACACUUCCAAAUAUUGAAAACUAUUUAGUUAAACAGUUGAUCCGCGGAGUGAAUGAAGGCCUCAUGUAUGUGAAAGCCACUGAAGAAAGCCUAGAUAAAAAAGGAGAUUUGAUUAACAUCGGGAAGGCAGCAGACAUUGUGUGGCUAAAAGUUGAUCUCUAUCACAAGUGGCUAGAUGUCGAUCUCACUAAACUGUCCCUCCAAGCAAACAGCCCGAGGGAUAUACUCGAAGCACUUGCUGAUGCUGCAAAGAACAGGUUUAUGGAACACAAGAAGACAUACAUGACUCAAUGUUUAUUUAAGGAAAGCCCUUCGAAGUGGCCCAGCAAGGUAUUGGCAUCAAAUUCCAUGUAUAGAAUAACCCAAACACUCCUACUAAAUCACCAAAGUACAACCAACCAGACAAGUGAAAAAUUGUUUGAAGUACUUACUGUCAUGAUCUCUGAUAUCAUGGGUGCUUGUCUCACCAACAUACCACAUGUAAUAUCAAUGAAGUGUUUGAGCAGCACCAUUGAAGAAAGGGAAGAAAGUGUGCGGCAAACAGUUUUCAUUCUUGGUAAAAGUAGAGAGAUUAUAAAUCUUCUAGACCAAUGGAGGUUCCCAAAUUUACAUCCUGAUCAAAUGGCAUACAUUGAUGAAUGGCGUUCAUUACAAAAGCUGGAGGACCAUCUGCUUUCCAUUCCAUCUUCGCCAGAGAGUGACACAGUUUCUUCCACUUCAAGUGAGUUGUGUGUAACCAUCGAGUGAGAUACACAAGCAUGGAGCUGAAAAACACAGGUAGCUUUCAUAUUACUAGUCAGUAGUCAUUGCAAAGCUUGUUCGAAGGGAAGAAAGAACUCAGCUGCAUGUAUCAUGUUCUGACUAUAGUCUAUGUAUAAUAAAGAUAAGUUAUUUGAAAGAGAAACUUACAUCCACUAGAUUUGCGAGACUGGAAACUUGUUUGUAUGCAUGUGUUAUCUA